UCAGAGUACUCAACCUUUAGUUUAAACAUAUUUUAUUAUGCAAAAUGACAAAUGAAUCAGACACAAGUUUUACAACCUAGUAACGUCUUCUCCACGUGCCCUACUCGCCUUUCAUAAAAAAAAAAAGGCUACCGCUGAUAACACCAUUCCGUAAAAUUGUCGUUCUCUUGUCCGAUAUUGUUAUUUUGGUGAUAAGAAAGAUUUAGAGAAUGCGGGACCUUAAAGUUACAACUGUAACCACAGCUAGUCUUCAGUUAAGAGAAUAUCCGAAGUUACCCCCGCAUAAUGAUACUGCGAAGGAAACACUAGUUAUUUUUUUCAGUUGGUUAGGAGCCUCAGAGAAGGCUAUUUCUAAGUAUUUUGAACUGUAUCAUUCAUUAGGAUAUGACAUUCUUCAUGUCCCAGGGAAUGUGAAACAUUUUGCGUGGCCACCUACGUCUGUAAGUUUAGCCAGGACAGUUCUGGACUACGUAUGUACAGAACUAUCGCAUUACCGUUUUCUUCUUAUUCAUAGUACAUCGAUCGGUUCCUAUAAUUACACAUCGUGUCUAAUGGAAAUGAAUAGAAACCCAGUAAAAUACUGGAAUUUUAAUCUACGUCUAGUUGGAAAUGUAUUUGAUAGUAUUACAUACGGGUCAUAUGAACGCAUGAGAAUCGGCGUAUCUUAUGGUCUAACUAAAAGUUCGUUCAUUCGGGUACUUUUACAACAGUUAUUUGCAUUGUACUUUAUACUUACAAAGUCUACAACGGUUGACUUCUACAAGGAAGGAAUGACAGCAUUCAAUGAAAACCAAGCUGAAGUUCCUAGUAUAUUUUUCUAUUGUAAGAAUGAUCCCUUGUGCGAUCAUAGCCUGAUUGAUGAUAUGGUAUUGGACUGGCGCAAGAGAAUGACCCCGCCUGUUUUAAGUGUGUGCUGGGAUACUUCUGUUCAUGCUGGACAUCUAUUUAAACAUAAAGACGAGUAUCUGACUUAUCAUACAUCAUUUAUGGAAGCUGUUCGCAAUUUUCAAGCAGAGAAAAAAGUCAAAACACACAAAUUUCAGAAUAAAGCAAAACUCUGAUAUUUAAACUAGUUAAUUCCUUACAUCAUAUCUACCAUAAUUGAAGUAAAGCAUAACAACCUGUUUAUAUCAAAUUAAACGAGAGGUGGUUAAAAAAGAAUUAAAUUUGAAUUAAUUUAA